AUGGUGUCAAACAGUUUCAUAUUCACUUUGGUUAUUGCUGUGGCAUGGGAAGUUAUAGGUGAACCACAAACUCUACCUUCACCCUCAACGCAGCUAAAUUCAACAUCAUCCAUCCACGGUGGAGAUUUGUCAAAUAAUGGCACAGAUCAGACCGAAUCAAGAAUUUCAUCAAUAUUACAAUAUCUUCCUACUCUUAAAAAUAUUGUAAUUAUUAUCUGCGCGCUAACAGCUGUUCUCAUCACGUGCUUGGUAAUCAAAGUGAUCAGGUAGGCUGAUUUAUGUUUACACCAAUAGGCUACCAAUAACUCUAUAGGCAACUGUAUUAUCCUAAUUAUAUAUAUAUAUAUAUAUAUAUAUAUAUAUAUAUAUACUUCUACUGUAAUAUACUAUUCUUCUAUGAAAUCGAAUUGAAGCAUUCAUAAAGAUCUUACUUAGAUAACCUAGUAUGUGCGUCAUUAUUGAUUCUGAUCAGGCAGUAUGUAAUAGGCAAACAGGGGAUGUGUCUUGGUGUUCUUUAUAUUGCAGCAACUAUCAUAUUGUGUCAGUAAUUGAUUUGGUAAUGUCUAAAUAUGUUAAACAACACUACAUUAGGCUACAUCAGCGAUGCCAUAAUCAGUCCCCACACCAGGUGGGCAGUAGGCCUUAACCACAAUGCAGGUUCACAUUUAUUGUCAUGAUUCUUACCCUGGAGGCACAACUGAGCGAUUUCCGCUGGAUGGGCCAGCUGCAAAGUAAAAAUGGGCUAUAUUGUAAAAAUGCAUGAAAACAAGCUUUUUUGUCUUAAUUUAAGGUUAGGCAUUAGGGUUAGCAGAUUUCAUGACUUUGUGGCUGUACCAGCUAGUGACCACUCUGCAGAGCUGCCUCCAGAACAAGAUUCAUGACGAAAAACGCUAACCUGCAACCACAAUACACUACUUUAAUCCUGUCCAUAUGGCAAAGUAGCCAUGUCAGGUUCGUCUUGGUUCCAAGUGAGAAACUGCACACCUCGGCUGUGUUUACACAGGCAGCCCAAUUCUGAUCUUUUUUUCUUACAAAUUUUUAUUUUGACCGAUCAGAUCAGCUCUUCUGCCAAUAAUUGGGGAAAAUAUCAGAAUUGGGCUGCCUGUGUAAAUGCAGCCCUCUUGUCAUCAUGUCAUUAUCACAACCCUUCUCUGUUUUGUCAUAGAUCUGGAAGGAGAAUCAGAAAAACACGAAAGUAUGACAUAAUCACUACACCAGCAGAGCGAGUAGAGAUGGCUCCUUUGAAUGAGGAGAAUGAUGAUGAAGAGGACUCCACCCUCUUUGAUGUCAAGUACAGGUAG